AUGCUCACCCAAGACGACGUGUACCAAGGCUACAUAUCACCCAAGGGCACCGUCGUCCUCGCCAACACAUGGGCGAUUCACAAUGAUGAGGCCGAGUACGACCAGCCAGAGCUCUUUAUUCCGGACCGGUUCAUGGACAAUGAGUACGGCGCCCGCUUCCCUGUUGAUGGAAAGAUGGACGACCAUCGGCGGACUUCGUAUGCUUUCGGGGCCGUGCGGCGCGUAUGUCCAGGCCAGCGGCUGGCUAAAAACUCUCUGAUGCUUAAUAUGGCGAAGAUCGCCUGGGCCUUUGGUUCGGCUCCGGAGCCGAGCACGUGGACGACGACAUCAGCACCGCCUACUCAGAUAGUUUUCUGA